CAAAAAUAUUCAGAAGAAGAAUCUGACAACUGACAACCCGCAUCCUGAAUUAACCGCCAACAACAAAAGAAAUUUUAUAUACAUCUGUUGUAAUUUGUAGUAUUACUACCUAUAGUAUGAUCUGGUGUUAUUUAUUUUGAUCACUUUCUAUUAGAUUGAAAAAAGAUUCGCAUUAAAGAAUGAACUCAUCAUUAGAAAUAGGAGAAAAAAUCCCCGAAAAAGUGAACCACAGUGAUAAGAAGUCAUUGAAUAUGCUAACCGAAAUGUUGAAUGCCUUAACUAAACAGUCGAAAUCAACUCCCAGAAAAAAUAAAAAACCUAGUGAAACACAUUCGAAAAUAAAUGGCACAACUCCUAUUGCGAAGCGAUUGAGAAAACACAAACAAAAACAAGAUGGUCUAAACUAUGUCAAACUAGAAGAGUUUUUGAAAAAAAAAGAAAAUGAAAUGACUAAACCAAAUAAGCAAUUUAAACCUUUAGAUAUUGAAAUCCAAAAUAUUGAAAAUGUACCAAAAAAAUGUUCAGCAGAUAGUAAGACAAAACAAAAAGACAAAAGCAUGUCUUCAAGUAUGCCCAUAAAGAAAAAUUCAACAAAGAAAAAACUAAAAUACAUAAGUGAUUCCUCUACUAGCCAAACAAGUUUAGAUUCUUAUCUUAACAAGACGCCAAAUAUUCAGAGAAAGUCAUCUUGUAACAGUAAAAAAACAAUGAAUCGAACAGAUUCUUCAGAUAGCUGUGAUCUACCAACAUUUAAGCCAAUGAAAAAAUCCAAAAUAAACAAAAAAGAUAAGGAAUCAUUCAUUAAGUAUGGGGUAUCAAUACCUACAAUAGACGAAAUUUUGAAGGAUCAAAAAGAUUUACAGAAUUAUAAAACUCAAGUUGAAUCUUUUAAGCCAAUGUGUGAUAAAAGUUUUGAGUUACCAUUUUGUGUCAAAAACCUAAACACAAGCCCAGUUGUUGAUACAUUAGUCCUGGAUUGCAAGGGAUUAUCUUUAAAAGAUGUCACUAAAUGUUUUAGAUCUAAUGUUGGUUAUAUUUCUGAUAUUUUUCAUGGUAGAGUUUAUAAUGAACGUCACGAUAGGUAUAACAAUAUCAACACCAAAGUGUUUACUCUCACAACCAAAGAUCUUUCAUAUAAUACAAGCAUGAUUGUUUUUACAUUUAAACAGAUUGAGCAUAUGCUAUCUUUACUUGGCAAAGAAUUUGAUACUAAGGAUAAUAAGACUCACUAUUUUUUUCAAGUACUUCUCCCAGAACUAUGUUUGAAAAUUUUUAUGGAUACUCAUGGGAUGAGUCGCGAAGAAGCAGUAUUAUAUCUGGAUGAAAGACCAGUGGUUGGAGAAUAACGAUGUGUCCUAUCUAUCUUGAAAGUAAUGAAAGGAAAGCCGCCGGCGUUAGUGGAUCACUUGAGUUUACUUCGCUACUUAUUUUUUCAGUGUUCCAAAAAACUUCAUUGCAAAAAUUCUAGUCCUUUAUUUCUCCUCAUGUGAUAUUGCAAAAUAAAAUUUAUAUCUGUUUUUA